AUGUCGUCCCUGACGACCUCCAGUGAGGGAGAGAGCUCCACCCCCAGGUUUGUUGUUGGUUCCCGGGAUGAUGAGACAGACUUUCUGGGAUCAAACAUGAAGACAGACGAAACCGAUUUCUUUGAGGACGACGAGGAGGAGGAGGAGUCGCCACCUGAACGGCAGAUUGUGGUAGGAAUCUGUGCCAUGACCAAAAAGUCCAAGUCAAAGCCCAUGACACAGAUUCUGGAGCGUCUGUGCAAGUUUGAGUAUAUCACAGUGGUGAUUAUGGGGGAAGAUGUUAUUCUGAACGAACCGGUGGAGAACUGGCCCUCCUGUGACUGCCUAAUAUCGUUCCACUCCAAGGGGUUCCCCCUGGAUAAAGCGGUUGCUUAUGCCAAGCUGUGCAAGCCAUUUCUGAUUAAUGACCUUGAUAUGCAGUAUUAUAUCCAGGACAGGCGUGAAGUGUAUCGGAUCCUUCAAGAAGAGGGCAUAGACUUGCCCCGCUAUGCCGUGCUCAAUCGGGACCCUGACAGACCAGAAGAGUGCAGCCUGGUGGAGGGAGAGGACCAUGUGGAGGUGAACGGCGCAGUCUUCCCCAAGCCCUUCGUGGAGAAGCCUGUCAGUGCUGAGGACCACAACGUGUACAUCUACUACCCGACGGCGGCGGGCGGGGGCAGCCAGCGGCUCUUCCGCAAGAUUGGCAGCCGCAGUAGUGUGUACUCCCCAGAGAGCAGCGUGAGGAAGACGGGCUCAUACAUUUAUGAGGAGUUCAUGCCUACAGAUGGCACUGAUGUAAAGGUGUACACGGUGGGGCCGGACUAUGCCCACGCGGAGGCUCGCAAGUCCCCUGCGCUGGACGGGAAGGUGGAGCGGGACAGCGAGGGGAAGGAGAUCCGUUACCCCGUCAUGCUGACUGCCAUGGAGAAACUCGUUGCUCGGAAAGUCUGUGUAGCCUUUAAGCAAACGGUGUGUGGGUUCGACCUCCUGCGGGCGAACGGCCACUCCUUCGUCUGCGACGUGAACGGCUUCAGCUUCGUGAAGAACUCCAUGAAGUACUACGACGACUGUGCCAAAAUCCUGGGAAACAUAAUAAUGCGGGAAUUGGCUCCCCAGUUUCAUAUUCCCUGGUCCAUCCCAACAGAGGCAGAGGAUAUUCCCAUUGUCCCCACGACUUCAGGCACCAUGAUGGAACUUCGCUGUGUUAUCGCAGUCAUCCGGCACGGAGACCGCACCCCAAAGCAGAAGAUGAAGAUGGAAGUUAAGCACCCCCGGUUCUUUGAAUUAUUUGAGAAAUAUGAUGGCUACAAGACAGGGAAAUUGAAGCUGAAGAAGCCAGAGCAGCUACAGGAAGUGCUGGACAUUGCACGGCAGCUGGUGGUGGACCUGGGGACCCACAGUGACUGUGAGAUUGAGGAGAGGAAAUCCAAACUGGAGCAGCUGAAGAGCGUCUUGGAGAUGUAUGGACAUUUUUCUGGCAUUAACCGUAAGGUUCAGUUGACCUACCUGCCUCAUGGACAUCCAAAAGCUGCAAGUGAAGAUGAAGAAGCUCGCCGAGAGCCUUCCCCAUCCCUUCUCCUGGUGCUUAAGUGGGGUGGAGAGCUGACACCAGCAGGAAGAGUCCAGGCAGAAGAGCUGGGGAGAGCCUUUCGCUGCAUGUACCCUGGGGGCCAAGGUGAUUACGCUGGCUUCCCCGGGUGUGGCUUGCUCAGGCUGCACAGCACCUAUCGUCAUGAUCUCAAGAUCUACGCCUCAGAUGAGGGACGAGUCCAGAUGACAGCAGCAGCUUUUGCAAAGGGUCUGCUGGCCCUGGAAGGAGAGCUGACGCCCAUCCUGGUGCAGAUGGUGAAAAGUGCCAAUAUGAAUGGUCUCCUGGACAGUGACAGCGAUUCCCUUAGCAGCUGUCAGCACAGAGUGAAGGCACGACUGCAUGAAAUUAUGCAGAAGGAUGCAGACUUCUCUGAAGAGGAUUAUGAGAAGCUAGCACCUACAGGCAGUGCUUCUCUGCUCAACUCCAUGACAUUUAUCCAGAACCCAGUAGAAGUUUGUAACCAGGUGCUCACCUUGAUAGAGAAUCUCACCUCCCAGAUAAAAAAACGGCUGGAAGACCCAAAAUCUGCAGAUCUGCAGCUGUACCACAGUGAGACUCUGGAGCUGAUGCUGCAGCGCUGGAGCAAGCUGGAGCGGGACUUCCGCCUGAAGAGCGGGCGCUACGACAUCAGCAAGAUCCCCGACAUCUACGACUGCAUCAAGUACGACGUGCAGCACAACUGCGCCCUGAAGCUGGAAGGCACAGCUGAACUCUUCAAGCUCUCCAAAGCCCUGGCAGAUGUGAUCAUACCCCAGGAAUAUGGGAUUAAUAAGGAGGAGAAACUGGAGAUUGCUAUUGGCUUUUGUCUUCCCCUCAUUAAAAAGAUCCAGCUGGACCUACAGAGAACCCAUGAAGAUGAGUCAGUCAACAAACUACAUCCCUUGUACUCCAGAGGAGUUCUGUCCCCGGGUCGCCACGUUCGGACACGGCUCUACUUCACCAGCGAGAGCCACGUGCACUCUCUGCUCAGCAUCUUCCGCUACGGGGGGCUCCUGGAUGAAAACAAAGACCAGCAGUGGAAGAGAGCCAUGGACUAUUUGAGUGCUAUCUCAGAGCUGAACUACAUGACCCAGAUUGUUAUCAUGCUCUACGAGGACAACAACAAGGACCCAUCCUCAGAAGAACGUUUCCACGUGGAGCUGCAUUUCAGCCCUGGGGUGAAGGGCUGCGAGGAAGACGGGAACGUGCCCACAGGGUUCGGCUUUCGGCCGGCCUCAGCAGAG